AUGAUGGAAACUCUUAAAGAACAGUUGAUGUUAAAAACGGUUUCACGGGAAGAAGUCGCCGCCCGCCGGAAGCGUUGGCUCGAGGUUUCCUUAGCGGUCAAAGGUAUCACAAGUUGGACUGGAUUUAGCGAAGUUUUCAUGGUGUCUUCUGCGACUGGCGAUGGUGUAGACCGAUUGCGGGAUUAUUUGGUCUCCAAAGCGAUCCCCGGCCGCAACUGGUCACUGUCUCCUUUGUUGGUUACUGACCAUGAACCGACUGAACUGGUUCGCAUGUGUGUAUGGGCUCAUUGUCUGGAUAAACUGAAACAAGAAGUGCCCUAUUCCAUUCGCAUAGUAGUCGACGAAUGCGAAAAAGCCUUGAUACGCGAAGCCGAAGGGGACGAACGCGUGUUUGUGCACGCACGUCUUCAAUGCCGAAGCGAGCGACACCUGCGCCAAGUAUUGGGUAUCGGAGGUACAACCAUAAAGGAAAUUGCCGGUGCCACAAAGCUAGAACUGAUGACCAUGUUCCGUACAGAUGUCGUUGUAAAGUUGACAGCUGAAAUGCUUCGAGUACAUCCAACUGCAAUGCGCCAACUUCGUCGAGCCAAAGAUUUUGCCGACGUUUUUCCCGAACAAGCGGUUUCAUCCGCCUGA